AACGACGAAAUGAAGUUAACACAAAAAAUUAUAUUUUCAUUAUUAUUUAACAUAUUAUUAUAUCAGUUGACGUAUGCUGAUGAACAUAAUCAUAUUUAUGAAGAUAAUGAACAAGUUGUAUUGUGGAUGAGCACCAUCGGACCUUAUCACAAUAGACAAGAAACUUAUGCCUAUGAUUCAUUACCAUUUUGCAACGGCAAAAAAGAAGCAAUUGAUCAUUAUCAUGAAACAUUAUCAGAAGCUCUUCAAGGCAUCGAACUUAAAUUUAGUGGCUUGGAUAUUGACUUUAAAGCUCCAGUACCAAAAACAACUGUAUGUUCAAUUGACUUAACAGAAAACGAUAUGAAAGCAUUUAUUUAUGCUAUUAAAAAUCAAUAUUGGUACCAAAUGUAUAUAGAUAAUCUUCCAAUAUGGGGUGUCGUUGGUGAGGAUGAAAACAAUGGUGAUGAGAUAUCGUAUUAUUUAUUUACUCACAAAAAAUUCGACAUUGGAUACAAUGAUAAACAAAUAGUUGAUGUUAACUUGACAACUAAUAGUGUCAAAGUCAAGUUGACUCCAAAUGCACAUAUUACAUUUACUUAUGAAGUUAAUUGGAAAAAAAGUAAUGUUAAGUUUGAAGAUAGAUUUGAUAAGUAUUUGGAUCCCAGCUUCUUCCAACAUAGAAUACACUGGUUUAGUAUUUUUAAUAGUUUUAUGAUGGUAAUUUUUCUUGUCGGACUUGUUUCAAUGAUAUUGAUGCGUACAUUGAGAAAAGAUUACGCAAGAUAUAGUAAAGAUGAAGAAAUAGAUGACAUUGAACGAGAUUUGGGUGAUGAAUAUGGUUGGAAACAAGUUCAUGGUGAUGUAUUUCGACCAGCUAGUCAUCCAAUAUUAUUCUCAGCACUCAUUGGUGCUGGUUAUCAGGUGACUGUUGUAGUACUUAGUGUUAUAAUAUUUGCAAUACUUGGAGAGCUUUAUACUGAACGAGGUUCAAUGCUUUCAACAGCAAUAUUUAUGUAUGCUGCUACAUCACCAGUUAACGGUUAUGCUGGUGGUGGACUUUAUGCACGUAUGGGUGGACGAAUAUGGAUAAAACAAAUGUUAUUAAGUGCAUUUAUGCUACCAAUUAUGGUCUGUGGUACAGCAUUUUUUAUAAAUUUUAUUGCUAUGUACUAUCAUGCAAGUCGCGCUAUUCCCUUUGGCUCAAUGGUUGCAGUGACAUGUAUAUGCGUAUUUGUUAUUUUACCAUUAACAUUGGUUGGAACAAUAUUAGGGCGUAAUCUUGGUGGUACACCAGACGCACCAUGCAGAGUUAAUGCAGUACCCCGUCCAAUUCCUGAAAAAAAAUGGUUUAUGGAACCAUUGAUAAUUAUUUUACUGGGUGGUAUUCUUCCUUUUGGCUCAAUAUUUAUUGAAAUGUAUUUUAUAUUUACGUCAUUUUGGGCAUAUAAAAUAUAUUACGUUUAUGGAUUUAUGUUACUGGUAUUCGUUAUUUUGAUGAUUGUAACUGUUUGUGUUACUAUUGUAUGCACAUACUUUUUAUUAAACGCCGAAGAUUACAGAUGGCAAUGGACGAGCUUCUUAGCAGCUGCAUCUACCGCCGGUUAUGUUUACAUUUAUUCAUUCUACUAUUUCUUCUUCAAAACAAAAAUGUAUGGCCUUUUUCAAACUGCAUUUUAUUUCAGUUACAUGGCACUCUUCAGUUUAGCUCUUGGUAUAAUGUGCGGUACAGUAGGAUAUAUUGGUACUAAUGCAUUUGUUCGCAAAAUUUAUUCCACAGUUAAAAUAGAUUAAAUUCUUUCUAUUUAAUAAUAUUUAUUAUAAAAUAUAAUAAACCAUCAUUUUGAAUUGUACAAACGAAAAAAAUUUAAUCAGUGUCGUAAUUUCUGUACAUCAUCAUCAUCAUCAUCAUCAUCAUCAUCAUCAUUGAUUACACGUACAACAUUUUUGUUUAAUUGAUACAUAAUGCGUCGUCAAUGUUAAUAUAAUAAAAUUGGCCAAUUUGUGCAAUCAGGAAUUGUACUUAAAAUUUUUGUUUAAUUUUGUUAGCAAUCAACGACUUUACUUUCAUAAUGUUAAUAAUAUGUCAUGAAAUUUUAUUAUAAUUUAUUUAAAUUUACUACAUUGUGUUAACUUAAUACCUUAAGAAAAAAUUUGUAAAAGAAAAAAAAAACAUUUUUUUAAAAAUAAUAAUAUUUUUCUUGUAAACAUUAUAGUAUAUAAACACAUACUAAGUAGAUAAUUAUUGCGUUUAUGAUUAAAUAUUAUAAACUUAUGAUUAGCUCCAAGUCUUCUUUAACAAAGUUGUGUUCCAAUGACGAUUAAGCGAGUAGUUAAAAAAAGAAAAAAAAAUAAUUAGAGUAAGGAAUAACAGUAACUAUUUAAUAUAUUAUUUAAAAUUAAAAUUAAAAGUAGAUUAUUGGGAAAAAAUUGAUGUAUAUUUGUGAAGGAUGCAAAAUAAUUAUAUAUAGUAAGCAACAAUAUACUAAAUGAUGAUAAUAAUAGACUCUGGUAUAAAUUUAGCUUAAUAUAAUGUAUUAUAAUUGAAUAUUUAGUGCAACGAAAAGCAUAAUUUAUUUACGUUUUCGCAUUAGCACUUUUAUAUUCUUCAACACACAUU